AUGAGCGCGCAAUGGCAGCUGCGCGUCAAUUUCCGGCUGGGCCAGAGGGUGACGCACAUCGACUUUGACGCCUUCACCAGCAGCACCGAGGCUGGCGUGACGCAAAAGGGGCAUAUCAUCGUGGUGGCCGAUGGGCUGUGGCCCAAUUCCAAGAGUCUGGUCUCUGGGCCCCGUGACGUUCCGAAGGCGACGGGUGACCUGGCCUAUCGUGUGAUGCUGCGGCUCGACCAGAUUGAGGAUAGCGAGCUCAGGGAAUGGGUGUCAAAUCUAAAACUGUGCAUUUGGAUUGGACCGGGUGCACAGCCGUUGGGUAUUCCAUCCGAGGCGGGAACAUGUACAGCAUGGUGA